UGCAAAAGUGGCCACCACGGCAAGCGAUGUUUAGAUACAGCCAUCCGUCUUAUUUUAUUCUUCUGUGCUCGAUUGCACUAGUGGCGGUACUUAUCAGGUCAACGCAGAGCUGCGAUCUGGACCAAACGCAACACGGAUGCCGGAUAGAUAACGGUCAGUGCACUUGUGCGUUUGGCUGCAAAUCGGAAUUUCGCUACGCCACGCGGAAGGAGUGCCAAGAUGCGCUGAAGGGUCGCACUAGCGACAUCUGCAACCGUCAGCCGUGCAUGAAUGGUGGAACGUGUACGCAAGUUACGACCAUGCCACAGUACAAAUGCCGCUGCGAAGGAACUGGCUACUGGGGCAACCGAUGUCAUCGCAUGUGCCCCAAGCCCGAUCAACUCCCGCCCGGCACGAAAUUCCCGCACGAGUGUGUCGUUAUUUAAGUACUGGGUUCUAUUGUUAGCCUUUACGCGUUACAUAGUUAAACCAUUACAUCAGUAUACAAAGCGAAUCUC